CCCUGCAGGCCUUCAGUUCCCAAGCAUGUAACCCUGCACACUGGAUGGAAAUUGGGUUUUCACACCACCAAACAUCCACAUGCGUGUUGCAGAGCAGAUUCAGUCUUUGCCUGAUCCUCUGGAGAGGAGUGUGAGACGUGGCCUGCAGAGUUGUUUUUAUCAGAGCGUCAAGAGGGAAGUGAGUGAUGCAGAGAGAUAGAGGUCUGAAGUGACAGCUGUGUGACGGACAGCACACGUGAAACAUAAAACGUGAAAGACAGAGGAUGCAACAGGCUGGGGAAACACAGAGCAGCACAUCCAUCUCCUCAGAAUGAGUGAAACUCCCAUAGAGCUUGAGCCUCAGCUAUCGGUCCAGCCAUCGUCACAGCCAGAACCUGACGGGGGGCUCCGACCUCCAUCUUUGUUGCCACAACCCUUCCCCACCCAGGACCCCCCUCACAACACCCAGAUCCAACAAACCCAGAUCCAGAUCCAGGAGUCUAACCCCGGGCACCAAGCAAAGCCUGUGUGGAUAAACCAUCGGAGGCUGCUUCUCUUUGGCCUCUCCUUAUGUGCUGUUAUUCUGGGAUUCAUCUUUAAGCAUCAUAAUCCUCAAGAUAGGAGGACAGACCAGGAAGGGAAAGCAGUGACUCCCUGUUUCUCCCCAGCCUGUCAGUUGGCCUCGGCCCGUCUGUCCUUGUCUGCCGAUCCCUUCACGCAGCCCUGCGAUUACUUCCUGUCCACCUGUGGAUCAGACAGACUGUCACCCGACAGCUGGGGCAGGCUACGAGGUCAGGGCAUCCCCGGACACCCACAGAACCCGAAGGAAAAGACCGGGUGGACCAAGAGGAGAGGACAGAGUGCACAGAGGGAUGACAGAGGACUGAGAGAGGAGGAAACUCUGGACAGAAAGACUGUGCUGCUGAAGUAUCUCCGGGAGGUACUGGAAUCGAACCACAGUGCAGGAAGUACCGCCGUGCAGAAGACCAGAGGAUUUUUCCGCUCCUGCCUGGACACCAGAUCCAUAGACACCGCUGGAGCCGAGCCCUUCCUCGCACUCAUUCAGAAACUGGGCGGCUGGGCGGUGUCAGGUCAGUGGAAUCGGACCGAUUUUAACUCCACCCUGAGCCGGCUCAUGAGAGACUAUGCCACCUUUCCCUUCUUCAACCUGUACGUGGGCAAAGACCCAAAUGAAACGACCCUUGGAUCGACCAAGAGAUACAUACAGAUUGAUCAGCCGGAUCUGUUGAUCCCCAUCGAAUGGAACAGCAAGACUCUGAAGUCUCAAGCUAAAACUCAGACGCUGCGUCCCUUCCUCGCAUCCUGUCACAGGUACCUGGCUUUGCUGGGUGCCGUUCCCAACAGCAGCAUGAUUCACGUGGGAACCUUCAUCUCUCUGUCCUCGGAGCUGGCUGUGGCCGCUGCUCCGCUGCAGCACCGUCUGUCCACAGGACGGCUGUACCAGCGCAUGACCAUCCGAGAGCUGCAGAGCAAGGCCCCUGCUAUAGACUGGCUCUCCUGUCUGCAGGCAGCUUUCCAUCCGUUGCUUCUCACCAAGGACGAUCAUGUGCUUCUGCACAAUUCCCUCUACAUCCAGCAAAUGUCCCGCAUCGUCAGCAAAUGGCUGAACAGGCGUGAGCUGAGCACCAUACUCAGCACCGUUCACACCUUCAUGGUCCUCAACCUGCUGCACACCCUGAUGCCUGCGCUGGACUCCAGGUUUUCAGACACAGAGAAUACCUUGGCCGUGGCUCUUGGUCACACUGAAGGGGUGGCCCCUCGCUGGAAACGCUGUGUGUUAGAGACCGAGAGAGGAUUUCCCUCCGUUCUCACACACCUCCUCAGUGAAAGGACAGCACACAGGGAGGCAGAAGAGAUGAUUCAAAAUAUCUUCUCCUCCUUCAAGUCCAAAUUAAAUGAACUCAAUCGGACUGAUGGGAAGUCUUUCCAGUCCGUCAUGAAAAAGGUUCAGUCCUUAAUUCCAAGACUUUGGACUACAAAUGAGAGCUACACUGAAGCUGUGAUUGACCAGCUUUUUUCUGAGGUGACAGUAGACACACAUGGCUUCUUUUCCAACUACGUCCAGCUACUGUCUUUGUGGCAAAAGAGACAAAGUCAACUCCUGGCAGAGCAGGCGGAGGCGCCUGAUAUUCUGUCCGUCACACCAUUUCUCCUCGGUGAUGAGCUCCUCUUCCCCAUGGGAAUGUUCGUCCCUCCUCUCUUCCAUCCUAGCUAUCCAAGGGCAAUGAAUUAUGGUGUAAUGGGUUUCCUCAUCGCCAAAGAUAUCCUCCACUUGAUUCUGCCUGACAUUUACUCUCAGAGUGAGACGGUGCAUGCUGUGGGGGAUUGUGUGUGGGAUCACUACCUCACUGUGACAGAAACAGCGGGUCGGGGUGGAGCGUUUCCUCUGUCAGCAGCGCAGCAGCAGGAGGUGUGGCUGCAGUACUCUGCACUGCAGAUCGCACUGCAGGCUUACCGUCUGAGUCUGGAGAACGAUCCGGGGGACACCUCCAUCUCAGGACUGUCACACACUCGUCUGUUUCUCACCUCUUUCUCUCAGGUUAACUGUGACUCAGACCCGUACCGUGACUUCAUGCCCUUGCAGCCCUCCUUCCUGAUCACAGUGAUUUGUGCCGAGUCGGACCUGUGUCCUGCAGGCCUGCAGUGUCCCAAUCGAACCCAGAAGCAUUCAUUACGGACAUGCUGAGGACACAGGGGGGGUUGCUUUUCUAGUUUUAUAUUAUAAUGGAUUGUCUGAUAAAACUAUCCACUUGGUGCUGCAGAACUUUAGCACACUGAUCAUUUACUUCUAAUUAAUUACAAACAUUUGACAGACAUUUAUGGUGGACACUUUUGGUAUCAAUAGUUAAUAUAUAUUUGGAUUUCAUUAAAUUGCACAGGAUGUUACAUAGCACUCAUGUGAAUGAAAUAAAAAAUGAUGUUCAAUUUGUUGCA